AUGAGUGGUUGCCAGUUGACGAAUCAAUACUUGACACUAACCCCUGAAGGUUCCUCAAUAUUGAACGAGUUGGGAUACUUGUUUGACAUGAUGUAUAAAGCCAAAUCAACAAAUGUCAAUAUCUAUAAUUUGAGCCAAGUAUUGAAUCACAACCCCAGAGCGGCUAAAUUGUUAAACAAUAAUGAAUUACUCACUUUGAAUUCUCAAGAAGUCCGUGAUUUGAUUAUUUCAUUUAAUAACUUUUUGUUGACAAGCUUGAACGACGAUCUUAAUGUACAAGAUCAUAGCACGUUUGAAACCACCGAAUUGAAAUAUGAAAUUGAAAUCAAAGGGAAUGGAACUUCGUGUCCAAUUCACGACAAACAUCAUGGAAAUAUGUUGUCCCUUGAAUUGAUCACACCCCCGGCUAAUAUGUUGAACAAAAUGAGUAUUCUCAUCAAUCCUCAUUAUCAAUCAACCACCAAUAGUCUUAAUAAUAUUAGAAAGAAUUUAAAUAUUCUCACAUAUUUGGACUACUCUAUGAAUCAAUUCAAGACUGUACCAUGCCAACAACACCAUCAUGCAUAUCCACAUAGUUUGGAAAUACGUACAAGCAUAGUUAAGUUGCCGUCGGUGUUAUCCAUUAAUGUGAAUUUGACCAAUGAAGAAUUUAAAAUUAUCAAUACUUUCAAGCAAUGGUUAGUUCCUGAAUUCUAUGCAUUCAGAUCACCAAACAAUAGUGGGUUCAAUUUCAGAAAUAUGGAUAUUGAAGGACAUGGUGAAAAGUACGAGUUGUUGGGUUAUGUAUGUGAGAUCAAUCACCAAUCAGAUACAGUUAAUGGAGCCCAUAAUUUAGUUACUUUUGUUAAAGUGAAAGACGAAUGGUAUUUGUUUAAUGAUUUCCUUGUUAUGCCUAUUCCUGAAGAAGAAGUAUUUGAUUUGCAUUAUUCCUGGAAGAAACCUGUUGUUAUACUAUAUCAAAAAUCAAGCCAACCUGAAUUCAAUUAUUGGAAAUCAUUCCAAGGUAAUGAUGCUAUAUUAUACCGUGACCAUUUUGCAGGAGGUAUCAGAAAAGCACAUCAAGUUGAUUAUAAACUAUUGACUCAAGAGGAAGCCCCUAAACCAGGUACAAUGGUUGCCAUUGAUGCUGAAUUUGUCAUGUUGAAACCUGAACAAUUGGAAAUUCAUUAUGAUGGGUAUAAAAAGUUGAUUAAACCUAAACAGUUGUCAUUGGCAAGAAUCUCGGUAUUGAGAGAUGAUGGAGUUCCAUUUAUUGAUGAUUAUAUUGUGCAUACUUCCGAAAUUUAUGAUUACUUGACAAAUUUCAGUGGUAUUGAAGAAAAUGAUUUAGAUUUGAAAUUAAGUACCAAGAAUCUUGUUACUUUACAAACAGCAUAUAGAAAAUUAUGGUUAUUGUUGAACUUGGGAGUUAUUUUUGUCGGACAUGGGUUGUACAAUGAUUUCAGAACAAUCAAUUUACAGGUUCCACAAGAACAAAUUAGAGAUACAGCUGUGAUUUAUUAUAAAUCUGAUUUUAGAAGACAAUUGAGUUUGAAAUUCCUUGCAUAUGUCAUGUUGAAGGAAAAAGUACAAAAAGGAAAUCACGAUUCAAUUGAAGAUGCGCUUACUGCAUUAUUAUUAUACAAGGAAUAUGAAAAAUUUAUCAAGACUCCAUCUGGGUUUGAAGAUGCAUUGAAUAGAAUUUAUUCCGAAGGUAAGCGUUUACGUUUCAAAGUCCCCGAAUAG